CGGGAAGAGCGGCCGGGCCGGGCGGGGAGGCGCCGGAAGAGCCCAUUUCCUCCGCGGGACGGGACAAAGCGGCGGGGCCGAGCGCAGCCAGGGCGGCCGCACCAUCCCAGCUCAGCUCUGCCCGAAAUGACUGCUGUCACUGCAGCCAACGUGAACUUCAAAUGGGACCCCAAAAGCCUGGAGAUAAGGACACUGGCAGUUGAAAGGCUGCUUGAGCCUCUUGUUACACAGGUAACAACACUGGUUAACACCAGCAACAAGGGCCCCUCCAAUAAAAAGCGAGGCCGUUCUAAAAAGGCUCAUGUCUUGGCAGCUUCAGUUGAACAAGCAACAGAGAAUUUUCUGGAGAAAGGAGACAAAAUUGCAAAGGAGAGCCAGUUCCUGAAGGAGGAGCUGGUGGCAGCUGUGGAAGAUGUUCGCAAGCAAGGUGACCUGAUGAAGAGCGCGUCGGGGGAGUUUGCAGACGACCCCUGCUCGUCGGUGAAGCGCGGGAACAUGGUGCGGGCCGCGCGCGCCCUGCUCUCCGCCGUCACCCGCCUGCUCAUCCUGGCUGACAUGGCCGACGUCUACAAGCUGCUUGUUCAGCUCAAAGUUGUGGAAGAUGGUAUCUUGAAACUAAGAAAUGCUGGCACAGAGCAGGACUUGGGUAUCCAAUACAAAGCCCUCAAACCAGAAGUGGACAAGCUUAACAUUAUGGCAGCCAAAAGACAGCAGGAGUUGAAAGAUGUGGGUCACCGCGAUCAGAUGGCGGCAGCCAGAGGAAUCCUGCAGAAGAACGUGCCCAUCCUGUACACAGCAUCCCAGGCCUGCCUGCAGCACCCCGACGUGGCUGCCUACAAAGCCAACAGGGACCUGAUCUACAAACAGCUGCAGCAGGCGGUCAGCGGCAUCUCCAACGCCGCCCAGGCCACGGCCUCGGACGACGCUGCCCAGCAGCAGGGCGGGGGCGGCGAGCUGGCCUACGCCCUCAACAACUUCGAUAAACAAAUUAUUGUGGACCCCUCGACAUUCAGCGAGGAGCGGUUCCGGCCGUCCCUGGAGGAGAGGCUGGAGAGCAUCAUCAGCGGGGCAGCGCUCAUGGCCGACUCGUCCUGCACGCGCGACGACCGCCGCGAGCGCAUCGUGGCCGAGUGCAACGCCGUGCGCCAGGCCCUGCAGGACCUGCUCUCCGAGUACAUGGGCAACGCUGGCCGCAAGGAAAGAAGUGAUGCCCUGAACUCUGCCAUUGAUAAAAUGACCAAGAAGACCAGAGACCUGCGCAGGCAGCUCCGCAAAGCUGUUAUGGACCAUGUUUCAGACUCUUUUCUGGAAACAAAUGUUCCUCUUUUAGUAUUGAUUGAAGCUGCCAAGAAUGGGAAUGAAAAAGAAGUUAAAGAAUAUGCCCAGGUUUUCCGUGAACAUGCCAACAAAUUGAUUGAGGUUGCCAACUUGGCCUGCUCCAUCUCCAACAACGAGGAGGGUGUGAAACUGGUUCGCAUGUCAGCCAGCCAGCUGGAGGCCCUGUGUCCCCAGGUCAUCAAUGCUGCACUGGCUCUGGCUGCUAAACCCCAAAGCAAACUGGCUCAGGAGAACAUGGAUCUGUUCAAGGAGCAGUGGGAGAGGCAAGUCCGUGUGCUGACGGACGCCGUGGAUGACAUCACUUCCAUCGAUGACUUCCUGGCCGUGUCAGAGAAUCACAUUUUAGAAGAUGUAAACAAAUGCGUCAUCGCUCUCCAAGAAAAAGAUGUGGAUGGCUUAGACCGCACGGCCGGCGCGAUCCGGGGCCGCGCUGCCCGCGUCAUCCACGUGGUCACCUCGGAGAUGGACAACUACGAACCUGGAGUGUACACUGAGAAGGUGCUGGAAGCAACCAAGUUACUGUCCAACACAGUCAUGCCACGCUUCACGGAGCAGGUGGAAGCUGCGGUGGAAGCGCUGAGCUCCGACCCCGCGCAGCCCAUGGACGAGAACGAGUUCAUCGACGCCUCCCGGCUGGUGUACGACGGCAUCCGCGACAUCAGGAAAGCCGUGCUGAUGAUCCGGACUCCUGAAGAGCUGGAUGAUUCUGACUUUGAGACCGAGGAUUUUGAUGUCCGAAGCAGAACCAGCAUCCAGACUGAGGAUGAUCAGCUCAUUGCUGGACAGAGUGCAAGGGCUAUCAUGGCUCAGCUCCCUCAAGAGCAGAAAGCCAAGAUUGCUGAGCAGGUCGCCAGCUUCCAGGAGGAGAAGAGUAAAUUGGAUGCUGAAGUGUCAAAAUGGGACGACAGUGGCAAUGACAUCAUUGUCCUGGCCAAACAGAUGUGUAUGAUCAUGAUGGAAAUGACAGACUUCACCAGGGGCAAAGGUCCUCUGAAGAACACCUCAGAUGUGAUCAGUGCAGCCAAGAAGAUCGCAGAGGCCGGGUCCAGGAUGGACAAGCUGGGCCGGACCAUUGCUGACCACUGCCCGGACUCGGCGUGCAAGCAGGACCUGCUGGCGUACCUGCAGCGCAUCGCGCUCUACUGCCACCAGCUCAACAUCUGCAGCAAGGUGAAGGCCGAGGUGCAGAACCUGGGCGGGGAGCUCGUCGUCUCCGGGGUACGUAUGGCACACGGCUGCUCAGGCAGCUUUGCUCCCCCAGGGAAGGGUCAUUGCACGCUGAGCUUUUGUGUUAAACACCUCAGAACAGAGGCUGGAGAUGCUGGAGCAAUUUCCUUACUGAACAGUGUUUGCAGACAGAUUCACUUCACCUCUGUGUAAUCUGUUUUCCAAACUGCUUUUCACUCUUAGUGAGGUUAAAUCACUUUAUCAGCACAGCUAACCCUGCCCCACAUCUCUGCACAGCCUUGGAACAUGCUGGGGUCCUGCAACGCUCCAGAGAUGUUAAUAUCUCAGGAUGGCUGUGCCCUGAAGAGUGCAGGGAUUUUUAGUGGCUGCUCUGGUUUCUGACAGCUGGAAGCUGCCCCAGGCCAGCUUGCUUCUUUAUUCCAGCCAUUACUUUGCAAAUAAUUUUUUUCACUGUAGUUCAUGAAAUGCUGCCUCCUAAGACAAUUCUGUAUGACAGAUAUUUGGGGGUAAGGAAGUGGAGCUGAAUUCUUCAUUUCUUCUGGCAUCCUCUUCGUUGUCCUGCACACGCACAUUUGGUCACUUUUGGUGCUUUUGCCCAGCCAUGUCAGGCCUGAGGAAGGAGGUUGGAAGAAGAGACAGAAUUGGCCCUGAAUUGCUCCCUGAAUUCUGAUCAGCAAAUGGAAGAAAAUUUCUCAUAUUCUGCCAUUUUGAUACCACAGAAUCAUGGAACAGUUUGGGUUGGAAGGAACCUUAAAAUUCAUCCAGUGCCAUCCCUGCCAUGGCAGGCACACCUUCCACUGUCCCAGGCUGCUCCAAGCCCUGUCCAGCCUGGCCUUGGGCACUGCCAGGGAUCCAGGGGCAGCCACAGCUUCCCUGGGCAUCCUCUGCCACUGAUAUUUUCCAGUGAAACCCUGUUUGAUAUUUCAGUUGCUUAAAUUUAGUAGCACAGAUUUCCCCCAAAAAAACAGGGAGAGCUUUGGAAGGAGAACUUUGGGGCAGCAGCAGCAGGAGCAGUCAGCAAUAGAUAUCCCUGCAGGAGCUGAGCCUGGCUGGGGGUGAUGGGGCUGUGCUGCCCCUCCUGCUGCCUUUCCAGCCCCCCCUGCUCCCUUUCCAGCCUCCAGAGCAGCUCCAGGGACGUGGUGGGAUGUGCUGCUGUUCAUGUCCUGGGAGCUGGAAGGCUGAAGGCAUGAUGCUGUCAAAGCAGGAGAUGUGUUACUGUACUCCAGGGCUUCACUGCAGUUGCUCAGUGUCUCCAGGAUUUACAUCCCCUCUGCCAUAAAUUAAUGAUAGAACAGCCUGGAUCUGUAGUCUGAUCUCCUGGUUUUAUCCCUUCUCCUCAAGCCUGUCCACUGGGGCUGAGGGUCAGAUGAAGACCUCAGCCAGUCCAGAGGCACCAGCACUCUGAAAGGAGAGUUCUGUCCAGUGUUAAUGCCCUGCCCAUGCUCCAGAGUGCUGCGAGAGCAGAGCAGGGUCCAGGUGGGCAGAGCUGGCACCUGCAGAGUCUGACAGUCAUUCAGAAAAGCACCUCCCUGCUCUCCUGGCAUUGAUGAUUCCUCCUGAGGAUUCAUGGAACACUCCAGCACGGUGGUUUCCAGGCUCAGGAGAGGGAAGGCAGAGCACAGGGGUGUGCCAGAGGAUCUCAGGUGCCACGGUGGCACUUGGGGCACAGUGGGGUAGAAGAGAGGGGACAGUGCCCCAUAAAAGCCACCAGAACCAAACCCUGCCCCAGAUCAAACCCCUGUCCCAGACCAUUUGGCCGUGACAAGCCGGGGAUCCCACCCAGAGCAGGACACCUGCCCCUGGAGAAGGGGGUCCUAGCUGAGAUCACCACAGCGCUCCUCCCCUCUCUUCCACCCAGGCCUGGUCUCAGCUCUUUGUCCCCGCUGUGCCCUACAGCUUUGACAAAUUCAUGUUUUUCCUUGUUUUGAUGCUCUUGUAAAUCAGGAACCAGCUGGGAAAGGGCUCCAGGCCUGGCUGGUGAUGUAGUUGUGUUCCUUCCUUCCCAAUACAAUUUAGUAUUCUAGGGCAAUUUAAAUAUUUAUUAUCAGUGAUUAAGAUAUUACUACAGCUUUAUUAAUCUCAUUAGAGAAUAAGCAACUAUUAAAGCUUAGUCACAAAAGCAAAGGGCAGAAUACAAAUGUUGCCAAUUGCCAUUGAUAUGGAAAAUGCAUACAGGGGGGCAAACCCUGUUUUUGUAUUGGAGGCAGAGAUCAGGUUUGUAACCACUGAACAUCCAAAGGAAAAUCCUGCCUCAAACUGGGAGCCUCAGGUUUCAAA